AGGGGGGCCCGACGUCCCUCCGUGGCAGCCACGCCCUCUUUGUCUUGCAGAUCACGUGGACGGCCAGAGCGGCCGGAGAGUACGUGCACCUGAAGACGGGCUUGGAGGGCCAGGAGAGCGUGGUCAGCUACCUACCACUCAGCCAUGUCGCCGCACAGAUGAUUGACAUCUGGCUGCCCGUCACCUUUGGCGUGGAAACCUACUUUGCUCAGCCCGACGCCCUGAAGGGCAGCCUGGUGGACACCCUGCGGGAAGUGAGGCCCACGGCGUUCAUGGGCGUCCCCCGCGUGUGGGAGAAGAUGCAGGAGCGGAUGAAGUCAGUGGGGGCCAAGUCCUCCACGCUGAGGAAGAAGAUUGCCGUGUGGGCCAAAGCCGUGGGGCUGGAGACCAACCUGAAGCGCAUGAACGGAUCCGUUGAGCUCCCGAUGAACUACCGGCUGGCGAGAGCGCUGGUUUAUAAAAAGGUCCGGAAAGCGCUGGGUUUGGACCGCUGCACCAAAUGUUACACGGGGGCAGCCCCCAUCACGAAGGACACCUUGGAGUUUUUCCUGAGCCUGGACAUUGUGGUCUACGAGCUCUACGGCAUGAGCGAAAGUUCGGGCCCUCACACUGUUUCGCAUCCAACGUCGUACAGGAUGUCAAGGUAGAGUCAAAACUCGACUUACAACCAUAGCAAUAGCACUUAGACUUAUAUACCGCUUCAUAAUCCUUUUUUACAGCUCUUUCUGAGGAGUUUACAGAGUCAGCCUCUUGCCCCCAACUAUCUGG